AUCUGCCUGCCUCUGCCUCCUGAUUGCUGGGAUCAAAGGCGUGCACCACCACCGCCUGGCCUAAUAUUGGCUCUUCUUAGAGCCUUGUAUCAGUGACUUAAGUGGAGCUGUCUUGAGCAAGGUUACCACCCUGGACUCAAUUUCUCUUCCACCUUUCCCUGUUGAUCUUCUUGACGAACCUUCUGGAAGGUAGCUGCCAGAUACAGUGUGUCAAGACUCAGUGUCCCUAAAGCAGCCCUCCCCACCCGAGCCAGAGCCAGCUCUGUACACAUCAGCCGUUCCCACUUGAUGUCAGAUCUUUACCACAGCCCACAGUGCUGUAGCCUCAUGUUCCUCUCCAGCUGUACGCACAUCAGACUGCCCCUCCCAUGUCCCCAGCUCCCUCCUGCUUCCGUGAGAAGAGUGUUCUCUUCUCCUUCACCCUUCCUCCUCCAUCUUGUCCAGCCUCCUGUCUCAGUUUAGCAGCCACUCUGUACAUAACCUCUGACCAGGUCCCCAGCUGGGGAAGGAGUAUUCAAAGUGUGAGCCUGUGGCAGACAUUUCUUUUCAAAUCAUAAUGAAAACAUUUAAAAGACUUAUUUUAUCUUAAACUGUGUGUAUGCAUGUGUCUGUGUGUGGGUAUGUAUAUGAGCACGUAAGUGCAGGUACCGGUGAAGGCCAUCAGAGGGCGUCAGAUUCCCCAAACUAGAGUCACAGGCAGUUGUGAGGCACCUGAUGUGGGAACUGGGAUAUGAACUAAGAUCUUCUGCAAGAGCACUACACACUCGACCACAGAGCCAUCUCUUCAACCUCUAAUUAAGACAAAUUAUUAGGGGCUGGAGAGAGAGAUGGCUUAGUGGCUGAGAACGUGAGUUACUCUUGCAGAGGUUCCCAACACCAACAUGCUGGCUCACAACUGUCCAUAAUGCCAGUUCCAGGGGAUCCAACACCCUCUUCAGGUCUCCAUGAGCACAGGCGCGCACAUGGUACACAUACAAACAGGAGGCAAAAGACUCAGAAAAUAAAUCUAAAAGAUGCAUUUGUGUAUGUGAGUGUGGGUGUGGUAUGGCAUGCACAUGGAGAUCACAGGAUAACUUCUGGGAGUCUGUCCUCUCCUUCUACCAUGGGUUCCAGGGACAAACUUGGGUCAUCAGGCAUAGACAGCAAAUGCUUGCACUUGCUAAACAAUCCUGCCCACCCCAUAGCAGUCUUUUAUAGCACACUUCCUGCUUAGGUUGUGUGUGGCUGUAUUUGCAUUCCCUCUGGACCGAACCCUCAAUAAGGUUGCUCUGUUUACCUUGGUUAUUUCUAAGGCUUGGCUUAAUAGGUGCUAAUUAAUUGUUAAUAAGAAAAAUGAGAGCUGUUGAUGAAGCUCAGGGGCAGGGCAUUUGUCUAGCAUUCAGGGACCCUAGGCUCGAUUCCCAGUGCAUGCAUACAGAGAGAGAGAGAGGAAGAGAGAGAGAGAGAACAAAUGAAAUAGGAACUGUUUAUAGCCUACUUGGUAUUAUGUGGUUCCAUAUGCUGUAAUACACAUUUACGCAUUCAUAUAUGCUACAGUAUAUUUGCAUAUUCAUAAGUUUGCACACACUUGGCAAGCACUUGGUCAAUUGAGCUACAGCCCCAGCCCCUCCCUUCCAACUUUUGAAGUGUUUAAUUUGGUUUCUCAUUUUUUGGCCGUUGUCUUAGAUAGAAAGCUGUGCUAAACUUGUGCGCUGUUGAUUCUUCCCAGCAGCAUGGCUGGGCUGCUCUUCUGUGAGCCAACAGAACUCUAUAACAUCUUGAAUCAGGUCUCAAAGCUGUCCAGAUUAGCGGAGCCCAACUACCUCUGCUUACUGGAUGUUCGAACCAAAAGGCAAUAUGACGAGAGCCAUGUGAUCACUGCCCUUAGAGUGAAGAAGAGAGAGAACCAGUACCUCAUCCCGGAGUCCGUGGAUCUGGAGUGCGUGAGAUACUGCAUCGUGUACGACAGCAACACCAGCUCCCUGGAGCUGCGCAUACGGCGGCGGCGGCAGCUUAAGGAAGAGGAGGAGGAGGAGGAAGAGGAGGAAGAAGAGGAGGAGGAGGAGGAGGAAGAGAACACUGAACUCUUACCUGGACCCGCCGUGGAAUUUGGGCAGAUCCUCACCCACCUUACCCGCCACCCUGUCUAUGUCCUCAGAGGCGGCUACGAGUGCUUCUCUGGCCUGUACCAUUUCUUCCGGACCCAGAAGAUCAUCUGGAUGCCCCAGGAACUGGACGCCUUCCAGCCAUACCCAAUUGAGAUCAUUCCAGGCAAGGUCUUCCUGGGCAAAUUCAGUCAAGCCUGCAAUGCUAGGAUUCACAAGGAUCUGAAAAUUAAAGCACAUGUCAAUGUUUCAUUGGAGGCAACACCCUAUUUUGUAGGCGAUGCAGACAGACUCCUGCAUAUCAAGAUUGAGGAUACUUCGUAUUCCAACCUCUUCCCCUCUUUCCGCCACAUCUGUCACUUCAUGGAGGUCCUGGGCCCACGUGAAGAAGUGCAAAAACAACAUGCGUCCGAAUCGGGGCUUGGUGGCUCAGCUUCUGGAAUGGGAGAAAAUUGUCCACGGCGAUUACAUCACAGACAUCUCUGAUCCUAUCUACUGACCUUCGCCUGCGGCCCACCUGGGCGAGGAGGAACCUUGUUUGGGACUUUUUGAGGGGUGGGUGGGUGGGGGGUUAGGUACACGCUUGGAAUGGUCCAGAAGAAGACCUUUGCAAUCUGAAGUUUCAUGUCUGUGUCUUAGGUCUGGUUCUUUUUUUUUCCCCCAAAAUACUGGGGAUUGAACCUAGAGCAGUGGUUCUCAAUCUUCCUAACACUGCGACCCUUUAGUACAGUUCCUCAUAUUGUCGUGACCC